AUGCCAGACUCCGGUUCAAGAGGAAAGGAAGAAGGCGCGAAAGGUGCCGAAUGGCCAUGGUCUUAUCACAGUCAGCCGGCUCCUGAGCACUUGUGGUUGCAACAUGGGUCAGCCACAGCUCAAAAGCAGGCCCCAUUAGGAUCUCCUGAGGCGCCGCUCAAUUACCUUGGAGGGCCUUAUUUGGAGUUGCACGCGGAGAGCGCAGGUGGUGCACCUGCGUGGCAGGCGCCUCUUUCUUGGCCGCCUGCCUACAUGUUGGAUGGCCAGGCGCUAGAUGCUCCAUACUACCCUAAACCGAAUAAGGAAGGUGCAACUACUGGACAACAAACACAUGACGAACAAGACGAAAAUGUACCUCCACAGCCCGCAUGGCCCGGUGAACAGGAGCCAUAUUCACAGUGGUCCGAUGCACACCCUCCCCACCGCAAACCUCUGCAAGCCCUUGACCUGAAUAACCAAGAGAGGGGAGGUCCUCGUGCGCACCAUAACAACCUACACUCCCAAGGUGAAGGUAGACAGGCGGCCUUUGUGGAUGCGUAUUUCAGUCAGAGCCAGCUGCCCACGUCUGCACCAGGCGAUUUGUAUUGGCAGGCCGCUGCAGGACCAGAUGGAGGGGAAGGUCUUCCAGGCGAAUCCCCCAAGCAAUAUUUUGAACCGAAGCUCUACAGGGAUGAGAGGUGGGAGGAUUGGGAAGGGCACGGGAUGCCCAGGAUCGCGAAGCUGCAGGCUGCAAACAUUUUCGACUGGUUGCAGAGAAACGCCUGCAUGUGCAGCAAUAUACUGCCUUUGCUUAGAGCCGAUCAGGGCGUGCGUUUGGCUGCCGUUAUGCUGAAAAUCUUAUCGCUGGGUGUAGGAGCUUUGUCCCGUUUGCCCGAAGAGCUUAAACCCAGUAGAAUACUUGCAGGUGAAGCCAUUCUUGAGUUGGCAGCCAACGCGAAGUCCUACGCCUGCAACAACCAAGAGCUGAAGGAGCACUGCACAAGCAUCACCAGUAUCCAGUCUUUGGUCAGCCAACUCAUGCUGCCAAGGCUACAAAAUAAAGUAGUGACAGCGCAAAAACGGCGAUCUCGGAUGCUAAAUAUUAUGGGGCUUGUACGGCUGGUGAACAAGUAUUGUGCGAACUGCCUGUGGAAUAUAUCCCAGUUCAUACAGUUGGCUUCACUGGAGCAGUUGGAGCUUGCUGUGGAACAAACUCUUGUCAUAUUUACCUUCUUGUGGGAGGUGCACGCGUGGGAGGUCUCCAAAGACAGGUAUGGUCGGCGUCAUAUCCUCGAUUGCCAAACAGAGACUGGCAUUUGGGUACUCAUCGCUCGUGAUCAAGUAGUGCCUGGAAAACACGAACCACUCACCCCAUAUGAGAAACUAGAAAAACGACUGCAAGAGAUUGUUCACGCUUGCGGCGGCAUCCCGUCUAUUCCUGGAGGCGCUCGUGAAGAUGGUAGCCAAAAGCCAGCCGAUGGCGCCAACACCGACGCAGAAAAACCGUCGGGUGCUCCUUGUGGUGGGUCGGAGCACGCAACGGAGCACGAAAGUGGAGGUCCAACGACGGAGAGCACAUCUGCACCACGAGCCUGGCCAUUUCAACCUCAACAAAAGCGUUGGCUACCAUUUGUGGAACGUCCCCCCUCUUCGCCGAAUGUCCACCGUGGGCGACAACGGCACCAGCCGUGCCAACGUACCACUCCACCCGUUCAGUACCCCCAUUUGCCAAGCUCUCAAGCCCCCAGUCAAACCUUUCUUCCCAGAGGGAGUUCAGAAAUGAUGCUUCCUUCACAGGCGGGACCACCGCAAAUCCCUGAAAAUUAUCUCCCAUACGGAGGACCCUCCACUCAAUCUCCCCAACUGUGGCAGAUACCCGUUUAUCAGGCGCCAGUACAAAUGCCAACACCGGCUUUUAGACAGCCUAUGGGGAUUCCGACCACGGCGUUUUCAUUUUCUUCCGGACAGUGGGAGCAUCCACCAAGUGCGCCCUUCGCGCAUGGGUGGCAACCUAGAGGCGCAGUAGCCUGGACUCAAACCGGCUCAGGAGGAAGUUCAGGCCAGUUGCAAACGUUUGAACCCAGAUUCUCUAGUGCUGCAUCGCCUGGCUCUCAGGUAUGGCGGCCCCUGCGGCCUUAG